CCCACCCUGUGCUUCGGGGUCUGUGGCCUGAGUCCCUGGUUGACCCCUGCACUGAGUCCAGCUUCGGCCCCAUGCCCAUCCCUCCUGGCGGUGGGCUGGACCGGCCGGCCAGCGGGAGCCCCCUUGGCAGAGGCUGGUCGUAAAGGAUCAUAAAGCAGGUGGCGCCGCCCUGGGGCAAAGGUUGCUGAGGCAGGAACUGCGCCAGCUCUGGAUGCCAGAGCCACUGGGACCCUCCCGCCAGGCGACGGCCGCCAAGAUGGGGGUUUGGGCCCUGCUGUGGCCUCCCCUGCUGCUCGCCGGGCUGCUCGGCCAAUCCCCGGGGGCCCUGGCCCAGGCCCAGUACUGCUCUGUGGACAAGACCUACUUAGAAGUUGAGGAGAACGCAAAUGUCACCGAGCCCCUGGUGGACAUCCACGUCCCAGAGGGCCUGGAGGUGACCCUCGGACCCUCAUCCACCCCCUUCGCGUUUCGGGUCCUUAGAAACCAGCUGUUUCUCAACGUGACUCCUGAUUACGAGGAGAACACACUGCUUCAGGCUGAGCUGCGGUGCCAGAGGGGAAGCUUGCUCGUGACCCAGAUGAGGGUGAUCGUGUCAGUGCUGGAUGUCAAUGACAACUCCCCUGAGUUUCCCUUUAUGACCAAGGAGAUAAGUGUGGAGGAGGACACUAAAGUGACCUCCAUCGUCAUCCCAGAGACGGAACUGGAGGCCAAGGACCCAGACGCAAAUGACAUCUUGUUCUACACCCUCCAGGAAGAGACCACAGGUGCCAGUGACUACUUCUCCCUGGUGGGUGCAAACCGUCCUGCCCUGAGGCUGGACCGGCCCCUGGACUUCGAUAAGCGGCCAAAGAUGGCCUUCCGGCUACUGGUGCGGGACACCCCGGAGGAGCACGUGGAGCCCAGCCACACGGCCACCGCCACACUGGUGCUUAACGUGGUGCCCGCCGACCUGCGGCCCCCGUGGUUCCUGCCCUGCAGCUUUUCAGACGGCUACGUCUGCAUCCAAGCCCAGUACCUCGGGGCCGUCCCUACUGGGCACAUACUGCCGUCCCCCCUCGUCCUGCGUCCCGGACCCAUCUAUGCUGAGGAUGGAGACCGUAGCAUCAACCAACGCAUCGUCUACAGCAUCCAGGAUGGAAAUGUGAAUGGCACGUUCGUCAUCCACGCAGACUCCGGUAACCUCACCAUGGCCAGGAGGGUACCCAGCCCCAUGACCUUCCUUCUCCUGGUGAAGGGCCAGCAGGCUGACCUCGCCCGCUACUCCGUGACCCAGGUCACCGUGAGGGCUGUGGCUGCAGCCGGAAGCCCACCCCACUUCCCCCAGAGCCUGUACCGUGGCACCGUGGCGCUUGGCUCUGGAGCAGGUGUUGUGGUCGAGGAUGCAGCUGCCCCCUCUCAGCCUCUGAGGAUCCAGGCUCAGGACCCGGAGUUCCCGGACCUCAACUCGGCCAUCACGUAUCGAAUCAGCAACCACUCUCACUUCCGGAUGGAGGGAGAGCUUGUGCUGACCGCCAUCGCACUGCCACAGGCGGGGACCUUCUAUGCAGAGGUUGAGGCCAACAACACAGUGAGCUUGGGCACUGCGACCACAGUCAUUGAGAUCCAAGUUUCCGAGCAGGAGCCCCCCUCCACAGACGUCCCCCCCUCCCCAGAGGCCGGAGGAACAACUGGGCCCUGGAGCAGCACCACUUCCAAGGCCCCCAGACCCCCUGGGCCCUCCCAGGGGCCCUCCACGACCAGCUCUAGGGGAGGCACAGGCCCUCACCCACCCUCUGGCACAACUCUGAGGCCACCAACCUCACCCACACCUGGGAGACCCCCAGGUGCAGCAACCAGCACCUCCCACCAACCGGCCACUCCCGGUGGGGGCACAGCACAGACCCCAGAGCCGGGAACCAAUCAGCCGAUGCCCCCGGGUGUGGGAACCAGCACCUCCCACCAACCGGCCACUCCCGGUGGGGGCACAGCACAGACCCCAGAGCCGGGAACCAAUCAGCCGAUGCCCCCGGGUGUGGGAACCAGCACCUCCCACCAACCGGCCACUCCCGGUGGGGGCACAGCACAGACCCCGGAGCCGGGAGCCUCUCAGCCGAUGACCCCCGGGGUCAGCAGGAGCACCACGUCCUCAGGAAUGCCGGGUGGCCAACCCUCGGAGGACAAGCGCUUCUCGGCGGUGGACAUGGCCGCCCUGGGCGGGGUGCUGGGUGCACUGCUGCUGCUGGCUGUCCUUGGCCUCGCCAUCCUAGUCCACAAGCACUAUGGCCCCCGGCUCAAGUGCUGCUCUGGCAAAGCCCCGGAGCCUGAGCCCCAUGGCUCUAACAACCAGGCAUUCCAACCUGACCAGGAGGCCAACUGGGCAUCUGCCCCCAGCCCCACGCAGGAGCCCAAGCCCUCGGAGACACCGCUGAUCCUCACGAAGCCUGAGACCCCCAGCCCUUCGCCCCCCGGCCCCUCGCCCCCCGGCCCCUCGCCCCCCGGCUCUGCCCCUGAGUCCCCAGCAGCGGCCCACAGCGGGGGAAGCCCCGUGGCCCUAAGGUCCAUCCUGAACAAGGAGCGGCGGCCAGAGGGCGGCUACAAGGCCGUGUGGUUCGGUGAGGACAUCGGGGCGGAGGCGGACGUGGUCGUUCUCAACGCGCCCACCCUGGACGUGGAUGGCGCAGGCGACUCCAGCGGUGGCGAUGAGGGCGAGGGCGAGGACAGGGGAUGGGGUGGGGGUCCCCACGAUGAGCCCGGCAAUGACUCUUCCUACAUCUAAAGAGGCCCCUUCCCCCUCCCCCAGCCGCCCAGGCACUGGAGGUUUGGCUCCCCCCACCCCUGACCCAACGCAGAAUAAAUCGAGGCUCCCGAAA